AUGGACACCGACGCCGGGUCCGUGUUUUCUGCGCCUGCAAGUCUCGGCUUCGCACCCAGUGUCGCAACCUCCGCGACCUCCCAUGACUGGGACAUGCGCUCGGCUUCUCCGGCUCCCUCAAUGUACUCUAUGACCAGUUCACUCCGCGCCGCAUCAUAUCGCCACGAGUUUGGUAGAGGCAUCAACAACUACUCCGAAGUGUACCGCCUACCAGCGGACGACGAGGAAUUCGAACGCCUCGACAGCCAACACAUCAUGUUCAUGGAGGCGAUGGGGAAGUACCCCCACUGUAUGGAGGAAGUGCUCGCGGACGAACCGGGAGUAUCGAAGACCUGCGUAGACCUGGGUUGUGGAAGUGGCAGCUGGAUACUCGACGUCGCGAAGGAUUUCCCACACUGUAGUGCGGUCGCAGUAGACCUCGUUCCCAUGCAAGACGUAAACAUGCCUCCGAAUUGCCGGAGCGAGGUUGACGAUAUCAAUCUCGGACUGCAGCACUUCUACGGCGCAUUCAAUGUCGCGCACGCCCGCCUGGUCUCAUCCGGAAUCCGCGACUAUGCAGGGCUGAUCGACGAGAUGGCGCAGACACUGCGUCCCCGGGGUCUCAUCGAGCUCUCCGAGUUCGACUUUCGCGUGUACGACGUCGACAAGACGCCCAUCCUGCCCUCGCGCCUCGAGGAGGAGACUCCGUGGCUCGCGCGCUGGAUGAACAUGGUCAACGUGGCCGUGCAGCAGCGCGGCGGAGAACCGGACGCCGCAAAUCACCUCGAGCGCUGGGUGCGCGACCAGCCGCUCCUCGAGGAGCAGGUGUACCGCGAGAUCUGGUUCCAGACUGGCCCCUGGAAGGAGGGCCACGAUGCACAAACAGCACGCGAAAACCGGAUAGGCGCUAUGAUGCGUGAUGAUAUCCUGGCUUUCUUGAAAUCUGGAAGGCCGCUCCUUCUCAGCAACGGACUCGACGUCUGCAUGGUCGACGAGCUCGAAAGCAAUGCCGAGCACGAGCUCCGCACAGCCGGCGCACAAACCUACAUCCGCGUCCAAAGCUCGUACGCGAGACGAAAAGCUGAAUAA